GUUCGGAUUCGGUACAUACCUACACACCCACCCAUACCCACACCCACGCACCACACCCACCCACUCCCACCCACACCCACAUCCACACCCCACACCCACACCCCACACCUCACACCCCACACCCACACUAUGACACGAGGAACUGAUUGAAAAAAUAUUUUGUUCAUUUUUCCCUGUUGUUUUUUUUUAUUGUUAUUUUGAAGCUGAAUAUUAUUGAAAAGAAAAAUUUUCUUUUAUAGAUUAUGGCACACGCAAUACCAAAGAAAUAUAAAAAAACAGAUGAUUUAUCAUUGAAUCAAUUAUCAAUUCAACCAAACGAUGAUGAAAAUAAAGAAAGUAUAACAUUGAUUUGGUUUGAUCCAAAUAUUGGAUCACAUGAAGAUACUGAAAAAACAAAAGAACAACUUCGAUUUAUCAAUGACUUAGUCAUUUUCAAGACUGAUCUUGAAGACUGUGUCACAUUUAUUCAAUCGAUCGAUAAAGAAAAAAUCUUCUCAAUUACAUCAGGAAAAAAAGCAUCACAAAUCUUAUCUCGAAUAAUUUCUUGUCCUCAAAUUGAUUCAAUAUUUAUUUUUUGUAUGAAAAAAGAACGUUAUGAAUAUUUAUUAAAUGAAUAUUCAAAAAUUGUUGAUAUUUAUGUUGAACUUAAUAAUUUAUGUCAAUCAAUUAGAGAACAAGUGAAUCUUGUAAACAAACAAAUUCAAACUUUUUCAUUUUUUGAUCAACAUGAAAAAUCAACGAAAGAUUUAUCCAAAGAAUCAGCAACAUUUCUUUGGUUUCAACUAUUUAAUUAUGUCAUCGCUCGUCUUCCACGAAACGAACAAGCAAAACAACAAAUGAUUCAAAUAUGUAAAGAUUAUUAUCGUGGAAAUAAAAAAGAAAUCGAAUUAAUUAAAGAAUUCGAACAAACAUAUCGAUCUAAAGAUGCUAUCCGUUGGUAUUCGAAACAAUCAUUUGUGUAUAAAUUGAUCAAUAAAGCAUUAAGAAUAGAAGAUGUAGAUCUUCUAUACACGUUUCGAUUCUUUAUUGGUGAUCUUUCUCAAAAUCUUCAACAAGAACACGAGAAGAUUUUAUCAUCCAAAGAAAAAAUCCUUAAUGUUUAUCGUGGAAUUAAACUCGAUAAGAAAGAAUUUGAUAAAUUAAAAGAAAACCAAACUAAACUCAUUUCAACCAAUGGAUAUUUAUCAACGAGUCGACGAAAAUCUUUAGCAUUAAGUUUUGCAAUGAAACCAACAAAAAGACUAGAUGUUAUUCCAAUUCUAUUUCAUAUUCAAUGUGAUAUUGAACAAAGUCAUAAGAAUAUCAUUUUUGCCGAUAUUAGUCAAUUUAGUGAUUAUCCAGAUGAAGAAGAAGUAUUGUUUGAUAUAGGUGCUUGUUUUCUUAUAGAAUCCAUUGACGAACAAGAAUCAUUACAAAUCAUUAAAAUGAAUCUUUCAAAUGAAGGACAAAAAAUAACGAAAGGUUAUCUUGAAUUAACACGACAAGAGACAGAAGAAUUGAGUGUUCCGAUCGUUUUUGGUAGAUUAUUGUGCAAUUUAGGUGACUACGGUAAAUCACAAAAAUAUUUUGAACAAUUAUUGAAAGAUUCAGAGGAUGAAGAUCGUGCUUGGAUUGAAUUUAAUAUUGGUCGAGCUCAUGAUUUCAAAGGUGAAUGGAAUGAAGCUCGAAAAUAUUUUUAUCAUGCUUACGAUCAAAUGAUAAACAGUAAACCACCAAGAAUCAAAGAUUCUGCUCAUGUUCUUAAUUACCUUGGUAACAUUCUCUGUUAUCAAGGAAAGUACGAUGAAGCUCUUGAUUAUCAUCAACGAGCAUUAGAAAUUCGAGAGAAAUUUCAUCCAUCUGGUCAUAUCGACACUGCUACAAGUCUUUCUAAUAUCGGUAAUAUUCUGUGUAAACAAGGAAGGGUGUGA